CGUAAAAUCUGAUUGGUCAGUCGGGGACAGGUCUGUUCCAACGCAUGAUCUGAUAAUCGAAACUUAAACUCGUUUCUUCCACCCAAAACGAAAGUUAGUCACACGAAUUCAGUGUUAAAGCACAGCUGGUUGUGUUUACAUCUAACCGACGGGCCGGGAACAGUCUGGGUUAUUUCAAAUCUUCUAAAUGGACCCCGGGCAAAAGAAUUACGUCGGUUUUCUUAAUGAAUACGCACAGAAACGAGGCUGGUCUGUGCGUUUUGAUCUAGUGCAGACUGCUGGACCAGAGCACAUUAAAACGUUUACUAUGAGGGCGGUGAUGAAUAAUAAAAUAUAUCCUGAUGGAGUUGGACAGAACAAGAAAGAAGCCAAACAAAAUGCUGCAAAGAAUGCCCUCAACUUUUUGGAAAAUGAUGACUCGGUUAAUACAGAAACACAUUUGUCCUCUUCUGCCAGAGCCUCACCUGUAACUCAAGCCAACUACAUCUGCUGGCUGAAUGAAUACUCUCAUAAGAAAAGAUUAACUUUCAAUCCUAAGGAAACCACCAAGAUGAGUUCAGGCUCUAACAUCCAAGUGUGCUCGUAUGCUUGUAAGUAUGUCUGCGGUGAUAAAGAAUUCCCUGAAGCUACCAGCAACAGCAAGAAAGAGGCCAAGGAGGCAGCAGCAAAACUUGUUUAUGAGAUUCUUACAGAACAGGAACAAGAGCAAGUCCUUGAUGAAAACAGAAAGGAAGAAAAUCUUAAUAUCCAAAACCUCAGCACCAGUCUACACCAUCUAAAGCUGAGCACACCUGCAGAUACUGAGAACACAACAGCAGAAAAAAACUUCAUAGGGCUCCUUAAUGAAUACUGCCAAAAAUCUAAACAAGUACCCGAUUUCAAAGCCGUGGACCGAAGAGGGCCUGCGCAUGAUCCCGAAUUUGUAUACAAGGUUGUUAUAAAUAAAAAACAAUAUCCCGAAGGACGGGGAAGGACUGCGAAAGAGGCUAAACAAAAAGCAGCUCAGCUAGCCUGGUUUGAACUUUGUGGCUCUGAUUUAAGCAGUCAGAUUUCAUCCCCAUCCUCAAUGAGUGAGUCAACAGAUGAUGUCAGCUCGUCACAGAAGACUCCUAAAAAUCAUAGUCAAUCUGAGUCUGUCAUUUUCGCAAACUUGUCUUCUACACCAGAACCACAACCUUUAGAUGUUAAACCAAAACGACAACUAGCUGCAAAAUUUCAGAAUUCACCAGUAAGCAAUAAAAAGGAGCAAUCUAAUAUUAAUGUGCUCAAAGUGGCAAAACCCUCAACAAAGAGUACCACAGUCUCCAACCAUUCAACAAAAUCAAGGUUUUUAGAGGAGUUUGAUUCAAUAACUAAAAUUGGCAAAGGAGGUUUCGGACGUGUUUUCAAGGCCAGGCGAAAGCUUGAAGAUACAAAUUAUGCUGUCAAGAUAGUAAAGUUUAAUGAGAAAGCUCGCAGAGAGGUCAGCGCUUUGUCCCGUCUUGUCCAUGCUAACAUAGUGCGUUACCACACAUCAUGGACUGAAGAGACUGCGUACAGAGAUGACGCAUCAGAAACUUGCAGCACUUCAUCCUCUGGCAGUGGAUCAGAAUUCCUCUAUAUUCAGAUGGAAUUCUGUGAAGGAGAAACUCUGUGUCAGUGGAUUGAGGAAAGGAACAGUCACCCUAAAAAAUACCCAGAACGGAGGCAGGAAGCAGCAGCGAUAAUAAAGCAGGUCUUGGAGGCAGUGAAAUACGUCCAUGUAAAGAAGCUCUUCCACAGGGACCUGAAGCCAGCGAACAUAAUGUUUGGGCAUGACGGAGGCGUGAAGGUGGGAGAUUUUGGACUUGUUACCAAAGAAGAAGGAGAUGAUGAUGGAAGUCUACUGGAACGCACUAAGAGAGUCGGAACUCGUUCUUAUAUGAGCCCAGAACAGGGACAACAAGUCUAUGGCAGAAAGGUGGAUAUUUAUGCUGUGGGCCUUAUUUACUUCGAGCUGCUUUGGUGUUUUGGAACACACACUGAAAAACAAAAGCUAUGGGACGAUAUACGAAAUAAGACGUUUCCAGAAGAAUUCUCCAAAAUGUUUGAUUUUGAACACACGCUAAUUGACCGAAUGCUGUGUGAAAAUCCUAAGGGACGACCAGAAGCCAGGGAUCUGCUCACAGAGCUGGACCAGCACACAGCCGCCACAGCCUGUACAGAGCACAACGUACAGAAAGUAAACAGAACAUACUGAUGGAUGAACUUCACUCUCACACUUCAAGAUAAUAUCCAGGAGCUCAGUGUGGAAGUGAACAACAUAAAAUAUUAAUAUGUAGAUAGCUUCCAUGUGGCAUUUUAAUGAUAUCGAAUAACGGCAUCCUGUGGUAUUUUCGCGGCACUUUAUUUGUUUAUGCUAGAUCUUUUCAAUCAUGCCACAGAAGCACAUAAUGUUUUAUACAGUCUUUUAAUGAAUGUUUUAGCAAGGCUAGAAAUCAUGAAUUCCAUCUUAAUAGCCAUUUAUGGAGUAGGUUAUUAAUGUUUUGUUGGAGAAUGAGCAAACAUAUUUAUUCAAAUUGUAUUAAACUACAGCUAAAUUGUUGGCAUGAUUAUGGGAACCCCAUAGGUCUGAUCUUCUCUACAAUUUAGUGAAAUAGGUUUGGGUCUCAGUCUGAGUCACAUCAGACUCAAGUAUCAAAAUACACCAAUGUAUUAUUAUUAUUUAAUAUUUCUGUUUUGUGUUUAAAUCAUUACAGGAUUCACAUAUAGGACUUAUAUGUGAAUUCUCAAUAGUGGUAAAUCAUGUAUAAAAGAUGGUCGCUUUCUGUGAUCAAGAGAGAAGGGAGAACAGGUUUGUGCAUCAGAGGAGAAGAUGCGGUGAGACCAGGGACAGCAAAGGUCUCAGAAAACUCUUCAGACUGCAAAGAUGUAGCAGUUGUUGGGUUUUAUUUUGUUGUGUUGCUUUUCCUUUUUCAUUUUUUUCCCCAUCAGUGGACUCAUGGGACAUGGUGGCUUAAUGCUUUGCACCCCUGGGGUGGGAGGUUUGAAUUCCCCUCCCUGCAUGCGUGGAGUUUGCAUGUUCUCCCCGUAUUUCAGGGGUUUCCUCCGUGUACUCCUGUCUCCUCCCCCAAUCCAGAGACAUGUGUUGUGGGCAUUUCCACAUUGUCCAUUGUGUGUGAGUGUGUGCACGAUUGUUCCCUGCAAUGGGUUGGCACCCUGUCCAGGGUGUCCCCCACCCUGUGCCCCAAGUCCCCUGGGAUAGGCUCCAGGCUCCCCGUGACCCUGUGUAGGAUAAACUGUACGUAGGAUGGAUGGAUGGAUGGAAUCUGUUUUUGUGUAUCAAAAACUGUGUUCAUUAAAGAAUACAUCUGACAAGGACAA